AUGUCUUUGUCCCAACAACCCAAAAAUGGACUGUUACUUUUGUUACAAGCAGCAAAGAAGCUUGAUGAGGAAGAUGAUUCCGAAAUGGAUGCUCAUCUUCGCUCAGGUGUUCGUUCUGAACUAACCGCAUCUUUUGGACCAUCGAGUCCUCACCACAUUAUUGGCAAUACUAUCAUAUCUGAUAGCCCAGUGAAUGGGCAAACGUACGUGUUCAAUGCGUUCAAACAUGUGAAAAAUCUAGCUUCGCCAUUGGGAUCGACGCGUUCGCCUACCGGUUUGGAUGCAUUCGAUGCCAAUAGCUCUGACUCAGGCUUUGAAGAAAUCACCAUUACAUCCAGUGGUGCGGCUUCGCCGGAGGAGACUCCGAUCGUCUACUGUACCCCGGAUGGAUCUCACUCUAGGACUACCUACACCAGCAAGAUUUGUAGAGCUUUCUGA